AUGAGCAAUGACUCGCAAAACGCUUGCUUUUGGCUACGAGGAAUUCCGCCUGCCAGCUGGUGUUCAGCACCGCCUCCCCCGCAGUGGGACUCUGGCGAGCAACAGUGUUUCGCCGUGGACUGCGCCGCGCCCGUCUGGGAGGAGCACGGUGGUGCCAUAGAGGCAUCCAGAUUCAGUUGCUCGGAGAUCUAUUUGGACGGGUCGACCACCAGCAUAGAUGCGCUCGUGGCGCGCGCUGGCUGGGGGGUCGCGUUGAUGAUGGCCCACGACGUUGUUGCUGAUGCUGAUCUCCCCGGAUGGUUCGGCACCGUGGAUUGCGCGCAGACGGUGCCGAACGCUGAAUUGGCGGCGGUUGUGUGGGCACUCCGCGGCAUUCGAGGCGACGCCGCCAUGUACACGGACAGCCAGGUUGUGUAUGACGAUUGGCAUGCUGGCCAGGUGCAACGGCCCAGUGGGCAGUUCAGCCGGUGGUGGCGACGCGUCAAGGUUGUUUUGGAGCACCGACCGGGGGGGGGCACGUUGAGCUGA